AUAAUAAUAAUGCAUGCAGGGCGGGUCUGGACUGGUCACACCGGUUUCCUCAUCACGUGAUCCACCCAGAGAGAUCCGCGGCCGUGGACAUCAUCUGCAAAAUGGAGGACCGUGAAGCUAAAGAGCCCGAGCAGCUCAGAAAGCUGUUUAUUGGAGGUCUGAGCUUUGAAACCACGGAGGAGAGUUUACGGGCCCAUUUUGAACAAUGGGGGACUCUCACGGACUGUGUGGUGAUGAGGGACCCCAACAGCAAGCGAUCAAGAGGUUUUGGCUUUGUGACAUACGCCGCUGUAGAGGAGGUGGACGAAGCCAUGAAAGCAAGGCCUCAUAAAGUUGAUGGACGAGUUGUUGAACCCAAGAGGGCCGUGUCCAGAGAGGACUCCAACAAACCAGGCGCCCAUCUGACGGUGAAGAAGAUCUUUGUUGGUGGCAUCAAGGAGGACACUGAGGAGUAUCACAUUCGGGAGCACUUUGAGAAAUAUGGAAAGAUUGAAUGCAUUGACAUCAUGGAGGAACGCUCCACUGGGAAGAAGAGAGGAUUCUGCUUUGUCUCCUUUGAUGACCACGACACUGUAGACAAAAUUGUCGCCCAGAAAUUCCACACAAUCAACUACCACAAUUGUGAGGUCAGAAAAGCUCUCUCAAAACAGGAAAUGAGCGCCAUGUCCACUAACAGGGGCAGGAGUGGAGGAUCUGGAAACUUCAUGGGGAGAGGUAGUAAUUUUGGAGGUGGUGGCAACUUCGGUCGAGGUGGCUAUAGUGGAGGACGAGGAGGUUAUGGCGAUGAUUUUGACAAUGGUCCAGGAGGAAAUUUUGGAGGAGGACCAGGUUAUGGAGGGGGCCGAGGAGGCUAUGGAGGUGGUGGUGGUGGUGGUGGUGGUGGUGGUGGUCCAGGGUAUGGCAACCAGGGUGGUGGAUUUGGUGGCAACUGCGAUGGAGGCUAUGGAGGUAACGACGGAGGAUAUGGAGGAGGUGGAAAUUACAACGACUUUGGAAAUUAUGGUGGACAGCAGUCCAGCUAUGGGCCCAUGAAGGGAAACAACUUUGGUGGGAGAAACUCGGGUGGAGGUGGAGGACCCUAUGGCGGUGGCUACGGCUCUGGUGGUGGUGGUGGGGGUGGCAGCGGCGGAGGAGGAGGAGGCAGCGGCGGAGGUGGCUAUGGCUCACGGCGCUAUUAAUUAUUUCGUGUUUUGGCUUCAGUUCUUAGCAGGAGAGGCGAGGAGGUGAGCAAAGGAGUUGUCAGGAAAGCCGCAGGUUACAUUGAGGCAGUCAUCUGAGCAUUAGAGGAACACACAAGUCAGACAUUACUGCAGCUAAAUCGGAGAAGUUUAUGGAAGAAGGACUGUAUACACAAGACAUGAGUGCAGAUGAUACUCUUCCCUAAUUGUGAUAGAUGUUUCCCUACCAAGCUCUUUUUCCUUUUGUGCGUCUGAAGUGUGUGUAUUGUGCCUAUGGUAUCAGGGGUAAAGAGUAAAUUGUUUUUUUUUUAAUAUUAUUAUUCUGAAGCCAGUUCUUAAUAUCUUAAUUUUUCUUUUUUUUUAUAUGGGUUAGUUUUCUGCUGGUCAAUUAAUCAUUUGUCUCUUAACCUGGUUUUUGUCAUAUAGCAUAGUUAUAUCAGGCCCUCAGAUGAGCUAGAAUUACAACAACAAAAAAAGUCUUUCUGAAGUUAUUAUGAUUGCUCAAUUGCAAGUGUCAAGUGUAUUUUGAUUUUGUAUGUGAAGCACAGUAUGUAAAAUCCUUCAUAGUAGUACCAGUGUCAACAAAUAUAAGCAGUCUGGGUUAGAAAUCAAGGGAAUCCCUCUCACUCUUCCUGUUCCCAGAAAACCGAAUUCUAGAUUGUUCGAAUAUUUUGAUUAGAAGAAAAAAGACCGAAUAAAAUUGUGUAGUAAAGUGACAUGAGGUUCAGUGCGUCAUUGGUUCAGAAAAAAAGGUCAAAUGAGUUAUUGAUUUAUCUGUUGCCUGCACAUUGUGACUGUGGAGUUUAGCAAAUCAGCCUGUCCAGAACUGUCUCCUCCUUUUGGAAGCAUUAAGACUUGUGUGGGUGUAAUAGUGUAUUUACUGUAUUUACUUGUACAAGGGUCAAUGACAAGGGAGUUUUGGGUAGUCCUAGAUACACCACCUAUACCAGUGUUGAGCGAGUAGGAUUAUAACGGCCACAAGCACCUGCAGUUUGGCCCUCAGCGUCGCUAGUGUGGAAGAUUUGCAGAUGACUGUCAGACAGGACGUCUUCAGCCCCCAGCACAGUGGACCAGUCAGCAUUUUGAGAGAGAAGGGAGAAGGCAGCAUCGAGCACAACGCCCAUGGAGGAAGCUUGCAGUGUCGUUCCUGGUAGUGAGCGUCUAUCUCUGUCAAGGCUAGCUAAACCCUCCAGCAGCUGGUGCUAGCGAAGAAAGACUAGUUCCUGGACACAUUUGGAGAUCCUGUUGAGUCAGAGAUACUGCAGUUUUACCCGCAGAUGCUAGAUUUCAGACAUUAACAAGAAAAGGGAGUGAGUAUUUCACAAAAAAAAAAGCUGACUUAAGAAGAUGGAGCAGGUAAGAGUAACUGCUUUGCUUGAUUUGCAGAUGUGGAAAGAGGCAUUCUCUCUUCUUGCUGAAAAUCUGUAAAGACCUGAUAACAUGGAAGGUUCUGGAUGGGUAAGACUUUUUCAAAAUAUUAUCCAAGGCUGCUCAUAUUGUAAUCUAACAGUGCACAUGGUGAUUAUACGAGGUGCAAGGGUUCCUUGAAGGUAAACGGAGCAGGAUGACAUCCAGUAUUCAGGUCCAGAAUCAGCCUGCGACCUUCACAACACUGCUAAGAAUAUCUUGAAAGCAAAAUAUGUUUUCAUGUUUUAUUACCUUUGCUAUCAGUCAGAUAGUCUCAAUGACUUCCCUUUCGGGAAACCACAAAGGAUCGUGCUCGGAAAACAUAAACUGUGUUUACACUCCGUGGCCAUUUUAUUAGGCACACCCAUACAAUCUAUUACAGUUCAAUCCAGCAGAUCUGCAAUAAAUUCUGCUUUUUAUAAAGUUGAGUUUUUGUUGGAAAUGUGUCAAUUCAAUUAUAUGUUUAUUACUGAGGUCAUAGUUAAAGUUGGUGUACCAGACUACAUUUUAUUGAGAAGGGUUUCUAAUUUUGAUGUCCUCCAUAUUUGCAUACAUAAGGGGGGGGGAACACUAUAUAAUGUAAUCCAGUAUCCAAUCUAAUGUAGUCUUGUAACACCACCACUAAUUAUAACCUCAGUGAAACAUAUAAUUGAAUUAACACCUUUAAUAGCCGUGUCCAAAAAAGAACAUUAUAGGCAUCAUGAUGGUAGAACAGUUGCAUUAGAUUGUACAGGUAGGUGUAGUGAUGCACCGAUCUUAUAUUCUUUUUUUUUUAUGUGUAAGGCAACAUCAGGCCUGACUUAAACAUCACUUUUCUAACUUUGUAAAACAAAAUAUAACAAAUAAAUAUAUAGAUAACAUAACAUAAAUUUAGUGAUGUGUUAUUUAUUAUGAAAAUAAUAAAUCGUACACCAGAACUUGGCAAAAAAAAAUCUUUAAAAUGAACAGGAAUUGCAAUUCAGGUGUAAACUGUUUUAAUGCAGCAACAACUUGGUCAAAGCUUUAAAAGGAAUUAAAACUCCAGUAUGUAAUGUAUAUAGUAUAUAAACAUAGAAUUGAAUAGAAUAAAUCGGCCCCAUUGUCACUGAUAUCCGAUCCGGUAUCAGUAUUGGUGCAUCCCGAGGUAGGUGUACCUAAUAAAGUAGUCACUGAGUGUUUAUACCAAUGCCAGGAUAUCACUUGCAUCAUGCAGUGGAAAUCAGGUCCUUAUCAGUCUGUAAAUAAGCAGAACAAUGUAACAUAAUAGAAAAUUAUUUUUUAACUCUUAUGUAACUUAUUAAUGCGAAGGCAGUAAUAAGUAUAUUAGUAUAAUGCAAAAUAGUAUUUAAUUUAUAAAAAAAAAGGGCUGCUAAUCAGAACUUUUAUAAGCCAGUUUUAAAGCAACACGAAUCAUCAACAAACUAUCAACAGGUCUGAGGUCAAAUCCUCUGCAAAAAAAAAAAGAAAAAGUAUUUAUUAAACAAUUAUUUUACUUGCCAGGCAGUCAAAUGAAACGUAUUGAAACAUGGGUAUCAACAGAGAGGAACUGUGGUCACAUGUUGAAACUAACCAGCAGUGGUAGGACAAACACAUUAUAUACAGAGUAUUCACAAAUACUCGUUGUUGGCACUCUGUCCAGGAAGUGUAAGCGUACUGUAGACGACCUUUGGUUCAAAAGCUUAAUACUUUUUCCCUAAGUGCUGACAUUUUGUCAUGAGUUCAAAAUAAGUUAAGAUGUUGAGGGAAAUGUUGUAAGGCUUCCUUAAAAAUGGGAACUCAAGACCUUUUGCUUUUGUUAAUUACUCUCCUUGAACAUGUGGCAAUUAUACAGUAAGUGUUGGUAAGUUUAAACAUGCAUUCCAAUUACAAAUCUUAAUAAAAUAAUACAUUUACACUUUGGAUAAUGUAACUUCUUUGAGAUUGAAGCAUAUCAAACAUUUAAAAAAUUGAUGGUCGCGUAAAACACCAGGUUAUAAUGACUACAUAUGACCCCCAUGAUUACCUGCCACAAAUUUAACUGCAUUUUAGAAUUUGUUAGGAUUCCACGGAGGUCGGCUCUUCUCAGUCUGAAAAUGGGGAAAUGGCCGCUGAUAUGUUUCUCAAUCAGUUGAAGGAUCGUGUUUCUGCAGAGGAAUGUAGUAUGACGUACUCAAUUACACAGAAUGACGCUGUGCUUGGCAAACGCUCACCAGUGUCAAUGAACUAUGUUCAACACUAAUAUAUGUGAUUAAGUGUUUCUUGUGCUCUUAAAUAAAAAUAUUUUCCA